GCGCUCCUCCUCCAUUCACUCCCUGGUGAAGAUGGCGGACGGCGAAAAUAAACGGGCCGAAUCCGCCGAGCCGGACGAGCCGCUACCGAAGAGACCCCGGCUUCUGGAACCGUCCGGUGAUUCGGAGCACAGCGCUGCCGCCGGUGCCGGUAUGUUGGAGGAGAAACCGGCGCGGAUGGACGAGUCACGGCAGGCCUUAUCGAUCAACAACAACAACAACAACAACAGACCGACUGAACCCGGGCAGCCCGCCGACCCGGAGCCCGAGAUCUCCGAGUUAACUGAUGAAGGCGUUCAUCCCAAUGGUUUUACAUCCCCUGAUCUUCUUCGUGACGAUGAUGACUGCUCAUCACGUGCCAGCUCUAGCGACUGGACGCCUCAGCCACAGAUUGGGUCCUAUCGGUUCAUUCAGCAGCACAUCAUGAGAGGAACUGAUCCCAGAGCCAUUCUGAAAGAUUUGCUUCCUGAAACGGUGCUUCCUCCAGACCUGGACGACAUGACGCUGUGGCAGAUCAUCAUCAACAUCUCUGAGCCGCCCAAACGAAAGAAACGCAAAGACAUCAACACGUUAGAGGACGUGGUGCGGCUCCUGAACGAGAGGAAGAAGGUCCUGGUGCUCACCGGUGCUGGGGUGUCCGUUUCCUGUGGGAUUCCUGACUUUCGCUCUAGAGAUGGUAUUUAUGCACGACUCGCUGUGGACUUCCCAGACCUUCCUGAUCCUCAAGCCAUGUUCGACAUCGACUACUUCAGGAGAGAUCCCAGGCCUUUUUUCAAGUUUGCCAAGGAAAUCUAUCCCGGACAGUUUCAGCCGUCUCCAUGUCACCGGUUUAUAUCAAUGCUGGACAAGAAGGGAAGGUUAUUGAGAAACUACACGCAGAAUAUCGACACACUGGAGCAGGUGGCUGGAAUACAGAAGAUCAUUCAGUGCCACGGGUCUUUUGCGACAGCCUCCUGUCUGAUCUGUAAGCAUAAGGUGGACUGUGAGGCCAUAAGAGAAGAUAUAUUCAACCAGGUUGUUCCUCAUUGUCCCAGGUGUCCGUCUGAUGUCCCGUACGCCAUCAUGAAGCCAGACAUCGUCUUUUUUGGUGAAAACCUUCCAGAGUUUUUCCACAGAGCCAUGAAGCAGGAUAAAGACGAGGUGGACCUGCUCAUCGUGAUCGGCUCGUCGCUGAAAGUGCGGCCAGUGGCGCUUAUACCCAGCUCGAUUCCUCAUGACGUGCCUCAAGUUUUGAUCAACCGCGAGCCGCUGCCGCAUCUGAACUUCGAUGUGGAGCUUCUGGGCGACUGUGACGUGAUAGUGAACGAACUCUGCCAUCGCCUGAACGGAGAUUUCCAGCAGCUCUGCUACAAUUCAUCGCGUCUCAGCGAGAUCACUGAGAAACCGGCAGCUCCUGAACAUACGGAGAACACGUCUACAGAUCAUGCUAAUGCUGAACAUACAGAGAACACAUCUGCAGAUCAUGCUAUUGCUGAACAUACAGAGAACACAUCUGCAGAUCAUGCUAAUGCUGAACAUACAGAGAACACAUCUGCAGAUCAUGCUAAUGCUGACCAUACAGAGAACACAUCUGCAGAUCACGCUCAUGCUAAUGCUGAACAUACAGAGAACACGUCUGCAGAUCAUGCUAAUGCUGAACAUACAGAGAACACGUCUGCAGAUCAUGCUAAUGCUGAACAUAUAGAGAACACGUCUGCAGAUCAUGCUAAUGCUGACCAUACAGAGAACACAUCUGCAGAUCAUGCUCAUGCUAAUGCUGAACAUAUAGAGAUCACGUCUGCAGAUCAUGCUAAUGCUGAACAUACAGAGAACACGUCUGCAGAUCAUGCUAAUGCUGAACAUACAGAGAACACAUCUGCAGAUCAUGCUAAUGCUGAACAUACAGAGAACACGUCUGCAGAUCAUGCUAAUGCUGAACAUACAGAGAACACGUCUGCAGAUCAUGCUAAUGCUGAACAUACAGAGAACACAUCUGCAGAUCAUGCUAAUGCUGAACAUACAGAGAACACAUCUGCAGAUCACGCUCAUGCUAAUGCUGAACAUAAAGAGAACACAUCUGCAGAUCACGCUCAUGCUAAUGCUGAACAUAAAGAGAACACAUCUGCAGAUCACGCUCAUGCUAAUGCUGAACAUAAAGAGAACACAUCUGCAGAUCACGCUCAUGCUAAUGCUGAACAUAGAGAGAAAACAUCUACAGAUCACACUGAUGCUGAACAUAUAGAGAACAUGUCUACAGAUCAUGCUAAUGCUAAAGACGAUCAGAGCUCGCUAUCAGCUAACGAAGAGGAAUUAGCGUCUCCAGUAGUAGAAACAUGCAUGCUGGACUCUACAGAGAUUUCAGCACACACAGAGAGGAGGAAAGAGGGCGAUGUUGUGAACACUGAUGAUGCAGCUUGUGUAAAAGAUGAAGAAAACCCCGAUCGACAGCGUGUGGAACUGCGCAGACGCUACUGGAGGAGCCGAAUCUGUCAGAGUCCAAUCAGCAAACGACUUGGAGCGUCGCAGUAUUUAUUUCAAGCACCGAACCGUUAUGUUUUCCACGGGGCGGAGGUUUACUCGAGCUCAGAGGACGAGAGCUCCAGUUCGUGCGGCAGUGAGAGCGACGGAUCUUUCCAGCAUGAAGACAGCGAGGUGGAGGAAAACGGAGCAGCAGUGACGGAGAAGGACACGGACACAGAAACAGUACAGGACAGUGAACACAGAUGCCUUCAGACACACCGCACACAACACACACAAUAGCUCACCAAUAGCUCUAUUUAAGUCUGUUUUAUAUGUUUUUGUACUUCCCUCCUUCCUAAAUGCCUUCUAAUGCAUGCAGCUUCUCUCUUCUUCUCUUCUUUUGUCUGUUUAGUAUUUUUGCAUUUUUAUUUAGAUGUAAAAUAUACGUUUAAUAUAAGUCCAGCGAAUGUUUCUGCCUGAGAACACAGUGGAUCUUGCCAUGUAUUUGCUUGGGAUAAAAAAGGGAAUGAUUUUCAAACCAAAGAUCACGAUUUUAUGUUGUUGUUUCUCUGUAUGGGUUUCAUUGUUUGUUUUUUCCACUGAAUUGAUCAGUUUUUUGUCCAGCAUGUACAGCAAAACUGGCAUUUGCAGAUGUUUGGCAGCUCCGCUCAGCCUACUGUUGAAGACUUUUAUACCCAGUAAAGUUUGAUAGUCCUCAAAAUGGUGCUUUUCA